UGGUCAACCCAAUCGGUUCAGUUUCAUCCUACCGUUGGUAAUGUGCAGUUGCUGAGGUUCUAUAACACCUUUCCUAAGACGUGAUUUCUCCAGAAUUUGCAAAAUACGUUUAACUAAAAAAAACGAGAAUGAAUACCCAAUUAGUAACGUUAACUUUAUAUCUAUCGGCAAUGGCUGUUGGUAGUCCGGUCCCAAAUGACUCGAUCAAUCCGAUAAUUGCUAGCUUGGAUAACUAUUUUGGAACCCUUGCACAAAAUCUUAUCAUUCGCCGCGAGGUGAAUGAAACAGAAAAAUAUCAAUCUGUGGAUGGUCAUACGAAGGUGCAAAUCCAGCCAGCUGGAUCUGCCACUCUGCAAGAGAUUCUAUUCCAUCCAACCAAUCAACAUCUGGUGGCAACGAAUAAUACUGAAUUGUUCAACAAUGGGACCAACAAGGUACACCUGAUCAAGGUAGAUCUCGUAACAAAGCCCACAGAUCAUCCGGAAACAGUUGAUCCCAAAGCCGAAUCACCGGAAACCGCCACAACUCCACAGACCCUGAAGGGCGUCCCAUCUUCUGUCGUAACAGGCACCACCGGGUCCAGCACUACAACUGGUUUGGUGUCAGAAACGAUUAGCGGUAAUAGCGCAGCGGGUUCCGGCAGUGGAACGACACUUAGCACCAAAAAUUCGACACCUCUCGUCGAAAUUGUCACGCCAGUAGGUGACGCGGCGAGUGCGAACGCUACCGCACCACCCACUACAACGUUGGAGGCCGAAUCUGAGUCGAAGGAGAUUCGGGACAAGGUAAAGGAGGUGGAAGCUGAACCGGUCAUUUUAACUGUUGGUGUAUGAAAUUCCUAGAAGUGAUUGAAAUUACGUAAUUUAUAAAACUAUUUGUACUUUAUACUCGUGAAGUUAAAUUAGAAAUAUAACAGCAGAAGUCAUCUUUAGCUAUGUAUACGUUUCAUAAGACAUUUGGACAUUUUUUAGCAAAUUGUAGAUGAAAACCCAAUAAAAUUAUCUUGUAAAUUGGAACAGGUCAUAAGAACAUCACUGUGCUCUAUCAGUAAAUAAUUUUUACAUUCAUUUUAUUUUUGUAGUCUAACAGAUACAAAUAUUUUGUAAUUUUAGGUAUAUUUUAGUUCUUAUGUUUAGAACAUGGGAAAAACUAAAGUAUUUAACUUUCAUGUUAUUUUAAAUUGUUGUGAAAUAGGCAUCCAAAAUGGAAGAUCGUAAUAGUUCCAUAAAGUGCUUAAUAAAGAUUUGUCGAGAUAGGAAAUCCGACUCUGAUCAUCUGUUG